AUGAUGAAGAAGAAAAAUAUCGACAUAGAGGAGCUUAAAAGGCUCAUUGAAGAAAGUAGCAUGAAGAAAAGAUUUGUAAAAGAUAUAAAAAGUAAUUGUGAAAUAAAAAGUAUAAAAUUUGGUAUUAUGAGUAAAGAAGAUAUAAUAAAAUAUUCAGAAGUGAAAAUAAUGAAUAGAGAGAUGUAUAAGAAUAAUAGUGGUAUACCUUAUCCUUAUGGUGUUUUAGAUUUAAAACUUGGAGCUCAUAAAAGUAAUUCUAUAUGUGAAACAUGUAAUAAAAGAUUAAUUAAUUGUUCAGGACAUUUUGGUUAUAUAGAAUUAAAUUAUCCAGUAUUUCAUAUUGGUUAUUAUAAAUAUAUUAUACAUAUAUUAUAUUGUAUAUGUAAAUAUUGUUCAAACAUAUUAUUAUCAAAAGAAAAAAUUGAAUUUUAUUGUAAUUUAAAAAAAAAAAGUACAGAUGAUUCAUUUUAUAAAAAACAUUUAUUUAAAAGAAUAUUAAAUAAUUGUAAAAAAGUAAAUAAAUGUUAUAUAUGUGGUAAUCCACAAGGAGUUAUUAAAAAAAUAAUAAAACCUAGCUUAGAUCAAUUUAUGAAAUUAAAACAUAUAUUAAAAAUAAAAGAAAAUGGAAAAAUGAUUAUAAAAGAAGAAGAUUUAAAUAGUUUAUAUGUUUUGAAAUUAUUUAAAAAUAUUAAUCCUUAUCAUGUUAAAUUAUUAAAUAUAGAAAAUCCAGAAAAAUUAAUUAUUACUGCUUUAUUAGUACCACCAAAUACAAUCAGACCAUCUGUUAUAAUUGAUGAACAUGGAACAGCUGAAGAUGAUUUAACUUGUAUUCUUUCUGAAAUAACACAAUUAAAUAAUACUAUAUAUAAUCAAUGUACUAAUGGAUAUCAAACCAAUCAAUUUCUAGGGAAUGUCGAAUUCUUACAAUUACAAAUUACAAGAUUUAUUAAUAGUGAUUCACCAGCAGUGUCACAAUUAUUAGCAACACAAAAUAUCUCUAAACCAGGAAGAGGAAUUUGUCAAAGAUUAAAAGGAAAAGAAGGAAGAUUUAGAUGUAAUUUAUCAGGCAAAAGAGUUGACUUCUCUAGUAGAACAGUCAUAUCACCUGAUCCAAAUAUAUCUAUAGAUGAAGUCGUGAUACCAAAAAUUAUUGCCAUGAGAUUGACAUAUCCUGAGACAGUUAAUAAAUAUAAUAUUGAUAAAUUAAAAAGGUUAAUAAAAAAUGGUUGUAAUAAAUGGCCAGGUGCAAAUUAUAUAAUAAAGAAGUCAAAAAAGGGUAUUGACCCGUCUUCAGACAUAAGUACCAUUCAUAAUAAUAAUAUUAACAAUAUGAAUAAUAUGAAUAAUAUUAACAAUAUUAACAAUAUGAAUAAUAUUAACAAUAUUAACAAUAUGAAUAAUAGUAGUAAUAUAUUUAAUGUUAUUAAUAAUUAUAUUAAUAACAACAGUAACAAUGUUAGAUAUAAUAUAAAAGAUGUUAAUAAUAAUUCGUAUACUAUUAAUAGUAAUAAUACUUUAAAAGAUAUAUCUCACAUAGAUAAUGUGAACAAUGAUAUAAAGAAUAGUAAUAAUAAUAAUAAUAAUAAUAGUAAUAGUAAUAGUAAUAUUUAUAAUAAUAAUAUUUAUAAUAAUAACUAUAAUCACACACAAGAUAAUGAAGAAGAAAGGAAAAAUAGUCAAUUCAAUAAAAUAAGUUUAAAAUAUGCAAAUAAAAAUCAUGUUAUACAACAUUUAAAUAUUGGAGAUAUAGUUGAAAGACAUAUAUGUGAUGGAGAUAUUGUUUUAUUUAAUAGACAGCCAUCUUUACAUCGUAUGUCUAUUAUGUGUCAUAAAGCAAAAAUUAUGGAUUACAAAACUUUUCGUUUUAAUGAGUGUGUAUGUUCUCCUUAUAAUGCUGAUUUUGAUGGUGAUGAAAUGAAUUUGCAUGUACCCCAAACAGAAGAAGCUCGUGCUGAAGCUUUAUAUUUAAUGAGUGUAAAACAUAAUUUAAUAACUCCUAAGAAUGGAGAAGUUAUAAUAGCAUUAACACAAGAUUUUUUAUCAGCAUCUUAUAUAAUUACGAAUAAAGAUACAUUUUUAGAUAGAGAUACAUUUUGUUUAUUAUGUUCUUAUUUCUCUGAUGCUUCAUUAUAUAUUGAAUUACCUAUUCCAGCUAUAUUAAAGCCAAAAGAAUUAUGGACAGGAAAACAAUUAAUUAGUGUGUUAAUAAAACCAAAUAAAAAAGAGAAUACAAUUAUUAAUUUUGAAAUACAAGAAAGAGAAUAUUCUAAUAAAUAUGGAGAUUUAAAACAUUUAUGUGUAAAUGAUUCUUAUGUUUGUUUUUAUAAAUCUGAAUUAAUAUGUGGUUCUUUAGGAAAAAAAGUAUUAGGUUCUUCAAAGUAUGGUUUAUUUUAUUAUUUAAUUCAUCACAAUUCAAGUCAUAUAGCAUUAAAGAUUAUGAAUAGAUUAUCCAAAUUAACUAGUAGAUAUUUUUCUAAUAAAGGUAUGACUAUAGGUAUUGACGAUGUAACACCAUCACCAACUUUAACUGAGAAAAAAAAAGAUUUAUUAUUAAAAGGAUAUGAAAAAGUAAAUAAUGAAAUUCUAUUAUAUAAUGAAAAGAAAAUGCAAAUACAACCAGGAUGUACAUUAGAAGAAACAUUAGAAAUCAAAGUAAAAAGUAUACUUGAUGAUUUAAGAAAUGAUGCUGGAAAAACGUGUAAUCAGUAUUUACAUUAUUUAAACAAACCAUUAAUUAUGUUUAAUUCAGGAGCUAAAGGAGCAUUAAUUAAUAUAGCACAAAUGAUAGCAUGUGUAGGACAACAAAAUGUUGCAGGUCAAAGAAUACAAAAUGGUUUUAUAAAUAGAACAUUACCACAUUUCCAUUUUCAUUGUAAAGAUUCAGAAAGUAGAGGUUUUGUACAAAACUCUUUUUAUACAGGAUUAAGUCCAACCGAAUUUUUUUUUCAUACUAUGUCAGGUAGAGAAGGUUUAGUAGAUACAGCUGUAAAAACAGCCGAAACUGGUUACAUGCAAAGAAGACUUAUGAAAGCUUUAGAAGAUUUAUCAAUUCAUUAUGAUUAUUCUGUAAGAUCAUGUGAUAAACAAAUAGUACAAUUUAUAUAUGGAGAUGAUGCAUUAAAUCCUUCUUAUAUUGAUAAUAAUAAUACAUAUCUUGAUCAGUUUGAUAAAGUAUUUGAUCAUAUUGUAUCUAUAUCAUCUAGUCAUUUGUUAUUAUCUUAUAAAAAUCAAAUACCUCACUUGGAUAAUAUACAGCCUAAAAAUAAAACAAUUAAUAAUAAAUGGGAUAAAAAUAGAAAAUGUGAUAGUAAUAUCAAAUGUGAUAGUAAUAUCAAAUGUGAUAGUAAUAUCAAAUGUGAUAGUAAUAAUUAUUAUGUCCAUAACGAAUCAUGUGUUAUACAUAAUAUUAUUAACAGACUGGUUUCAAAUAAUAUUGUAGAAGAAGAUCUAUUCAUACCUUUACAACAUGAUGAAUUCUUAGUUAAAAAAAUUAUGGAAUAUUCUCCAAAUAUGGAAUGUAAUUAUCAAGAUAUUAUCACUAGUUUAGAUUUAAAUAAAAAUAUUCCGUUUAUACAUGAUCAGGAGGAAAAUGAUUCUUCUUCGAAGCUUUGUAUAGAAGAACAUAUAACUAUUAAUAAUACAUGUAAUGAUAAUAAUAAUAUAUAUAUUGAACAAAUGGAAAUGAAAAAAUUAUAUAAAAAUAAAAGAAAAGAAAAACAAUCAUUUAAAACAACAAUAACAGAUAUACAUGAAGAUUCUCAAGGAUGCAUCAACAAAGUCAUAACAAAUAAUGCAUGGAGUGCCUCAGAUAAAAAAAAAGAAGAAAUCUAUCAUUGUAAUGAUCAUAUUCAAUAUGAUGAUAAUAUUUCAUGUGAUUAUAUAAAAUGUACAGAUAUACAAAACAAACAUCAUUUACUUAACCAUCAGUUGUCUUUAAUACAAAAUAAUGUCAUAUUACCACCUAAUGAUUAUCAUUCCAUCUAUCAUUUUGUAAAUGAAUAUAGAAAUGUUGUCGAAAUAAAAAAUUUGAUCGAUAAAAAAAAAAUUUUCCUGAACAAUUCAGAAAAAAAAUUGGUACAGUCUAAAUAUAACAGCAUGAGUAAAAACUUAAAAAAAAAAAUCCAGAUAAUUAAUAAUAUAUAUAGAAAUGAAAAGAAGAAAUUAAAUCGAUGGAAAACUAAAAUGGACAAUCAUGAUGAUUAUUGGUCAUCUGAUCAGGAUUCUGUGAUUGUAAAGAAAAUUAUAAAAAUAAAAAAUAAAGAAAAAAGAAUAUAUCAUCCCAAAGAAGAAAAGGAAAUUAUUGAUAUAAAUAAUUAUAAACUCACAACAACUAAUAAUAAUAAUGAUAAUGAUAAUAAUGAUGAUAAUAAUAAUAAUGAUGAUAAUAAUAAUAAUGAUGAUAAUAAUAAUAAUGAUAGUAAUAAUAAUAAUAAUAUUGAUGAAUUUACAACAACUAUUCAUAUAGGUGAUAAAAAUAAUGACUUCUCUGAAGAAUUUUUUUAUAAUAUAAAUGAAAAUGAUAUAUUAUAUCAUAAUAAAUAUUAUAGACAAAUAUUUAAAAAUGUAAUUGGUUUUGUUAGUGUUUUUGAAUAUGUAGAAUCAUACAAACAACAUUAUAUUUUAUUUCCAUAUGAAAUAAUAAAAUGGACUAGCUUUUUAUUAGAAUAUUUAACAGAUAUCAUUCCUACUAAUAUAUUUCUUCAUACGAAAUUAUCUAAAAAAGAAAAACCAACUCAUCAAAAAAAUACGGGGAAAAUGAAAAUAUAUAUGGAAGAAAUAAAAAAAUGGUUAUUUAUUAAAGCUAUAAAUAUAUAUAAAUAUUUUAGUUUUAAAAAAUCUAUUGAAUUAAUCAAAAAAAAUGAUUAUUUUAAUUAUAUUAUUAAAAAUUAUGAUAUAUCACAUAGAUAUAUUAUUCAUAAUUAUUCUUUUAUUAAUUUAAAACAGUUAUAUCUUUUUAUCUUUUUUAAUAUAUAUAAAUAUUUUAAAUAUAUAUCUACACCCGGUGAUGCUGUAGGUUCAAUAUCAGCUCAGUCCAUUGGUGAGCCCGGAACACAAAUGACAUUGAAGACUUUUCACUUUGCAGGUGUGGCUAGCAUGAAUGUGACAUUAGGUGUUCCUAGAAUAAAAGAAAUAAUUAACGCAUCUAACAGUAUUCAAACACCAAUAUUAAACAUCCCUUUAGAAGUGAACGAUAAUUAUAAUUUUGCUUUAAUGAUGAAAUCUAAAUUAGAAAAGACAACAAUACGUGAUAUUUGUAUGUAUAUAAAAGAAGAUUAUACUAGUCGAGGUGUAUUUCUAUCUGUAAAAUUUAAUGAAGAAUUAAUUCAGAAGCUUUUUCUAAAUAUCAAUGCAUACAAUAUCAAAGAUAUUAUAUUAAAACAAAGUCAUAUUAAUAAAAUAAAAAUUAAUAAAAUACAUAUUAAUGUAAUAAAUAAAUACAAAUUACAUAUUUCUUUAAAAAAUGAUGAAUUUAUAUUUUUUCAAAUGGAAUCCUUAAAAAAGGGUUUACUAGAUCUAUUGAUUUAUGGAGAUAAAGAUAUUAAAAGAUGUAUCAUAAAAAAAGAAGAUAUUGAAGUAACAGAUAAUGAAGAUGAAAUAUGUGAUGAUAUGGGUGAGUAUUAUAAUGUUUCUCAAGGCACAGAGUUAUAUGAAAAAACAGAUAAUAAUAAAGACGAAAACAAUAUUGCUAUUCGUGUUAAGAAAGAAGAAAGUGAUGAUAAUCUCGAGAAGAGAGAGAAUAUUAUUCAUAUGCCAGAAAAGGAUAGCGUUGUUAGUGAAUUGAAGAGUGAAAAAAAAAAGUAUGUUGAGGAGGAUAAUAAAAUUGAUGAUAAUAUAAUUGAUGAUAAUAUAAUUGAUGAUAAUAUAAUUGAUGAUAAUAUCAUUGAUGAUAAUAAAAUUGAUGAUAAUAUAAUUGAUGAUAAUAAAAUUGAUGAUAAUAUAAUUGAUGAUAAUAUAAUUGAUGAUAAUAAUAAUAAAAUUGAUGAUAAUAAUAAUAAAAUUGAUGAUAUUAACAAUGAUCGAAACAAUCUUAAUGACAAUGGUAGCAUAUUAGAAAAUGUCGAAGAACAUUUUUUAGAAAGGUUAAGAUACAAAAUAAAAGAAAAAAAUUCUAAAAAAGAAAAUAUAAAUAAAGAACCCAACCUUAUAAAUUUAGACACUAUAAAUUUAGAUACAUUAAACUUUGACGAAAUAAAUGUACAUGAUAUUAAUAAUGAGAAAAUCGAAUUUUAUGAUGAGAAUUUAAAUAUAUGUCAUGGAAACAAAAAACAUAUUCAAAAAAAAAAGAAAAAAAAAACUGUAUACUCAAUAUUAGUAGAAGGAAAUUCAUUGAAUUAUGUUCUUGGUUUAGAAGGUGUUGAUUUUAAGCACAUCAUUUCUAAUCAUGUCAUAAACGUUUUUCAAGUUUUGGGUAUAGAAGCAGCCAGAAUAACAAUAAUAAAUGAAAUUAAAAAAUGUGUAGAAGCUUAUAGUAUUGAUAUAGACAUUAGACACAUUAUGCUCCUAGCCGAUAUUAUGGCCUUUACUGGAGAUAUUUUAGGUAUAAACAGGUUUGGAAUACAAAAGGCUCGACAGAGUACCUUAAUGUUAGCAUCUUUUGAAGAAACCAAUGAACAUUUAUUUGUUUCAUCAUUUUUUAAAAAUGUGGAUGAAAUAAAUAAUAUAAGUGAGAGUAUAAUUGUAGGAAAAAACAUACCUAUUGGAACUGGAGCCUUUCAACUUCUUUAUGAUUAUAAAUUUGAGAAGGAAACAAAAAAUUUAACACUCCUCGAAAGGGCAGAAAGAGAAACAGCAAUAGAUUAUUAA